AUGAGCGGGCCGUCAAAUGCUGAGCUCAUGCAAAGCAUGCUGGCGAUGAUGUCGCAGCAACAAGAAAUGAUGAGAAAGAUUGCGGAAGCUACAACACUUGAGGACUUACGUUUGGACGCAGUGAAGGCUCCCCGGUAUGGAGGGCAAGUACAAGAAUCGUUUGCGCUUUUUAAAGAACAAGUACAGCAGUACUUUACCGUGAGGCGUGUCAAUUGGAAGUGCGCGACGAUGGCAGCUACAAUCAUUCCAACCAUUGGAAGCAUGCUCGUAGGCACUGCAGAGGAAUGGUUUGUUUGGUCCAGAAGCAGGAUCACGACUGUGGAUGAACUCUUUUUUCAUCUGGAGCAAGAGUUCGUACCAGCAGACCUUCAGAUACGUCUCCGUGACCAGCUUCGAAACCUGGAUCAGGGUCAAUGCCGGGACCUUGGGGAGUUUGUUAAUCGCUUCCGACAGCUGAUGAUUCAGGUCCGAAAUAUGAGUGAUGUCGACUCCAUUUUCUAUUUUACUCAGGGAUUAAAGAACCAAACUCGCGCCGAAGUCGAGUAUAGACGAUGCUCAUCUUUAAGUCAAGCGAUCAAUGUUGCUUAUGACUUCGAGCGAUCGCAUUUUGGCGUCGGGACCGCCAGACGCGCGCAGCCGUUUCGAAGACAAGAAAUAAGGCCGCGUCCGCGCUUCGAAGAUGCCCGGCCAGAGCCUACGGAAAUUGAUAAUGUGCAAGUGGUGUCUAAGGAGGAAUGCUUCCAGCGCAAAUUGUGCUUCUAUUGUAAACAGCCAGGACAUCGACUCGCAGAAUGUCCGACGAGGCCACGAAAACAGAGCUCAUCGCGACCGAAUGUGAGAAUCAGCAUGAUUGAUAGUGUGCAAGAAAGAAAAGAAGAAGAUGAAAGUGGGAUCGUGUUCGAUCAAUACACUAUCAAUGCUGUUGAAGUACACUUGGCCGAUCAACAGCCUACUUUGCUGCGUAAACGCGGUUUAAUUGAUGGUGUGCAAGUGACAAUCUUAUUGGAUUGUGGAGCUUCGACCAACGUGAUUCGUCCAGGCCUUGCGUCACGAGUCAUCAGUAAACAUCGGGGCCAGCUGAAGAGGUUUGAUGGCUCUCUAACCCCGCCAGCCGAGUUAUCGACAGUUGAAGCAACUGUUCGGAUGAGUGACAUAGAAUUUGCCCACAUGAUUUUUACGGAGAGUCCCUUAGAUGCUGAUCAGGACGUCAUUUUUGGGCUUCCGUGGUUUCGCACGUACGCCCCGCAGGUGGACUGGAUCUCCGGUAAAAUUUUACACCAACAGGCUCACGCUAACUCAGAUGGUAUGAACGAGAACGGGUUGGCCCAUCCAGAUCAGUAUAAUCUAAGCCCUGUACGAAGUGGACCUUCGCGACAAUUGUAUGUGAGACGAGACGAAUACGCCGAGAUUUACAUGGUAAAGGUAUCCCCUGUUCCCACAAGCGAUAUCAUCUCUGUUUGGGUUUAUGAUCUUAUUUUGGAAUAUAGCGAUGUCUUUCCUGAAACGCUUCCUGAUGGUCUCCCGCCGAAACGUGCUGUGCAGUUCGAAGUUGAGAUGAAACCGGAUGCCAUUCCCAGCUCUCGAGCCCCCUUUCGUCUGUCCAAGACGGAUCAAGAAGCGCUCGAGUCCUUCGUGACAGAGAACCUUAAGAAAGGCUCGGUAGAAGUCUCAAACUCACCGUGGGUUUCCAACGUCUUUGGUAUACCAAAAAAAAAAAAAAAAAAAACAUCAGACACGUUACUCAUUGGCGCGAUUUAG